CCUACAAUCAGAUUCUCCACAAUGGAUCUCAGUGCUGCAAGUCACCGCAUACCUCUAAGUGAUGGAAACAGCAUUCCCAUCAUCGGACUUGGUACCUACUCAGAACCUAAAUCGACCCCUAAGGGAGCCUGUGCAACAUCAGUGAAGGUUGCUAUUGACACAGGGUACCGACAUAUUGAUGGGGCCUACAUCUACCAAAACGAACACGAAGUUGGGGAGGCCAUCAGGGAGAAGAUAGCAGAAGGAAAGGUGCGGAGGGAAGAUAUCUUCUACUGUGGAAAGCUGUGGGCUACAAAUCAUGUCCCAGAUAUGGUCCGCCCAACCCUGGAGAGGACACUCAGGGUCCUCCAGCUAGAUUACGUGGAUCUUUACAUCAUUGAAGUACCCAUGGCCUUUAAGCCAGGAGAUGAAAUAUACCCUAGAGAUGAGAAUGGCAAAUGGUUAUAUCACAAGUCAAAUCUGUGUGCCACUUGGGAGGCGAUGGAAGCUUGCAAAGAUGCUGGCUUGGUGAAAUCCCUGGGAGUGUCCAAUUUUAACCGCAGGCAGCUGGAGCUCAUCCUGAACAAGCCAGGACUCAAACACAAGCCGGUCAGCAACCAGGUUGAAUGCCAUCCGUAUUUCACCCAGCCAAAACUCUUGAAAUUUUGCCAACAACAUGACAUUGUCAUUAUUGCAUAUAGCCCUUUGGGGACCAGUAGGAAUCCAACCUGGGUGAAUAUUUCUUCUCCACCUUUGUUAAAGGAUGCACUUCUAAACUCAUUGGGGAAAAGGUACAAUAAGACAGCAGCUCAAAUUGUUUUGCGUUUCAACAUCCAGCGAGGGGUGGUUGUCAUUCCUAAAAGCUUUAAUCUUGAAAGGAUCAAAGAAAAUUUUCAGAUCUUUGACUUUUCUCUCACUGAAGAAGAAAUGAAGGACAUUGAAGCCUUGAAUAAAAAUGUCCGCUUUGUACAAUUGCUCAUGUGGCGCGAUCAUCCUGAAUACCCAUUUCAUGAUGAAUACUGACUGCAGGGAGUUCCUGAACAGAUUUUUCACUCCCAUGAGUGCCAAGACGGUGCGAUGGGUAGUCCCCCGGAUGUGAAAAUGAAGAGGGUUUUACCAUCCUGAGAAGAAAUAAUGAUGGAAAUGUGUUUAAUGUUUGUGUAGUGUAAGUGACUUUGACUCAGUCACAUUGAAGUAAAACUAUUAAAAUCUGUUGAAAUAACUCUUAGGAAAUUAUCAACUAAUUUUUUCAUAUCAGUAUCUUCUAGGUUCCAAGCAGAAAAAAAUUAAGACUUUGGAAAAGACAUCAAAGGCAACAUAUGACAACAAGUAAUUCAUGAAUCUGGGUAGUAGCAUUGGUAAUCUGAGUUCUUUAAGUGUCAACAGGACAACAAAGUGCAUAUGGCAGUGUGCUGGCAGUGGCCUUGAGGCUUUGGACCAUUGGUUAUAAAACAGACAUAGCCAAGAUAAGAUCCACACAUGCAUUAUUAACAA